AUCUGGCGGAGGUUUGUUGACAAUUUGACUUCAUGUGGAAAGGGUAUUUACAUCAGACGUGGGUUUCCUUUUACUUCAGCGUUCUUUGGCCAAUGUGGAAGUGGAUUCUCAGAAAAUGGACAGGAAAAUGUGAACUUCUAAGAAUAACUUCUGAGUACCCAAAAGGGGCUAAAAGGACAAAGGCAAUUGAAAGAUCUUUGAAACAUUCAAAUAUUGCCAUCCUGAAACAGCUGAGUAAAGAUGAAAUCAUUGAUGUUAUACCUGCAUCAGAGGAAGUGAUGAAGAUAAAAGAUGUGAUACCUGAAGUUCAUCCUCAAUUUGCAUAUUCUUUUCAAGUAUGUUUAUGUCAGAUAUGUGGAUACAAGAGACUGUUUGCAGAAGUAGAAGAAAUGAGGAAGACACAAUAUUCUUCUGAUAAUCCAGAUCAUGAAGAAAAACUUAUGCAGCUUUGGGGCUUCCUUAUGCCAGAUAUAAGAUUAGAGGCACGUCUAAGUAAACAGUGGACAGAUAUAGGAUUUCAAGGAGAUGAUCCUAAAACAGAUUUCAGAGGGAUGGGAAUGCUUGGAUUAAAUCAGUUACUAUAUAUUUCAUCAAAAUACACAGCAUUAUCACGGCAGAUUUUGUCAAAAUCUCACCAUCCAACAUUAGGGUUCUCGUAUGCCAUAGUUGGAAUUAACCUGACAAGUGUUCUGUAUGAACUAUUAAAAAAGCAAACAUUACGGACACAUUUCUAUAAUAUGAAAGAUGACAAGCCAUCUCUACAUGAUUUCCAUGAAUUGUAUUGUUACAUGUUUAAAGAAUUUGUUACUUUCUGGUUCAGUGAGAAACCAAAAGAUAUAAUGGAGUUUGGAAGACUGAGAGACAAGUUUAAAAAGAAAAUUAAACAAAAACUAAAGGAAGAUUUAACAACAAUACUAAAAUUUGAUGCGGAUGAGGAGUUAUCUGUCUGAUAGCAGAGUUUGAUAUUAGCUUAUUAAACCAAUUGCAUUUAUAAUUUAUACCUGUCCAUUAUUAUGUUGUGAUGCCUACAGUUUUAAUGAUAAAUUAUGUAACCACUGAUUGAAAAGACUGUACUCUAUACAAUUGAAUAAAUUUACUCCAUGAAUUGCUGUCAGUUAACAGCAACUGUUUUGAUUAGUUUUGAAGGCAGCUUUUUGACUAUAAUGAUAUAUUUAGCCUUAAAUAGAGUAAAAUGCUUUAAGUUGAAACUAAUAUCACUAGAAAUAAUAUUGCUGUGCCACAUCUACCCAACUUGCUUUUUUAACUACAUCAGGGAUCUUUGAGUUCAUGUUAUUCAGAUCAUUUUUUUUCUUUUUUUAUCUUAUUUUGACUUCUGGAAACGCCAUUUCCACUUUUUUUUGUUAGAGACCAAUUUUAUCCCUGCAGAUGAAAUUUUCAAGUUUAAGUUCAGACACAGAUGUAACUUUUUACCAUAGAAUUUUAGUGCAUUAUGCAUGUAAUACUAUUGUCAGUGAUUAUUUCUUUAACUUUAGUCCAAAUGAAAAGUUUUUUAUUUAAAUUUAUACCUUUUAUAAUAUUUUUAAGUUUGGUAUAUUACAAAUGGAAUUCGAAUGUUAAACAACAACAAAAAAACAUCAAUAUUCUUUACAAUUUCAGUGGUAUACAUAAAAAUAAUCAAUCUAAUUAAAAUUAAAUCCUUUAAUUGCUCCCGUUCUGAUAUGUGGAGCAUCCUUUAAUUGCUCAUGUUCUAAUAUGUUGUGCAUCUUUUGUUCUGAUAUGUUGUGCAUCUUUGAUGCGCAACAUAUCAGAACGGGAGCAAUUAAAGGAUUUAAUUUUAAUAAGAUUGAAAAAUAAUGUUACAGAAAUGGGUACUGUAUUUUGUAGGAUUGUGAUUUAAUAUUUAUAGCUGCUUAUUUAAAACAAAAUCAUCAUUUUUAUUCACAUACAACUAAUAUCACAAAUACAGAUUGUAUUAUUCUGGUGACAUUGCUAUAAUGUGAAGUUUGCGGUUUAUAAAAUUGAGAAUGGAAAUGGGGAAUGUGUCAAAGAGAUAACAACCCGACCAUAGAGCAGACAACAGCCGAAGGCCACCAAUGGGUCUUCAAUGCAGCGUCCAUUCCAGAAAAAUUAAUUUCUUACAUUCGUAGUUAAAAUUGGUAUACAAUUGCAUUAACAUCUAUAUGCAUUUCAAAUGCAUGUGAUAUAUAAAGGCCUUACUUUAAGUAGAUUAAGUAGAUUUAACAUAUACUUUUUAAAUGCCAUAUGCAUUAUAUUCAGCCCCUUUAAUAUUCAAUCUUCAGUACUUGAAUUUCUGCUACUCCCUAAUGCAAUGUUGCUUGUGGUAUGGUUAUGUCCCUUUGGGAUUUAAUGCUUUAAAAGGUUUAUGUAUUUUGCCAAGCAAACUUAUAGUAGUUAGUGUACCAGGUGAAAUUUUAUUAAAGAAAUAUUGGUUAUCCUAAGUCAGGAGCCUGUAGUUCAGUGGUUGCCGUUGGUUCAUGUCGAUCAUAUUUGUUUUUGGUAAAUUGUUUUGUUAUAAAUUUGGCCGUUAGUUUUCUCAAUUGAAUUGUAUCAUAUUUUUUAUGUGGGGCCUUUUAUAGCUGACUAUACAGUAUGGGUUUUUCUCAUUGUUGAAGGCUGUACGGUUGCCUACAAUUGCUAACAUCCACUUCAUUUGAACUUUGGUGGAUAAUUGUCUCAUUGGCAAUCAUACCUCAUCUCGUUAUUUUUAUAUGUAUCAGAAUAUAUUUACCAGUUUAUUGCAUUUAUAUUUAAACUUUUGAUUCCUUAUUUUUUUAGUACUUUAAAUAGACCAUUUAUAAUUUGAAUUUUCUUCAAGGAUUUGAUAAGGUCUAUUUAAUGUCACCUGCUCUACUAAAGUUAAAAUAAGUACUUUGUUGAACAAUGUACAACUCUUUUAUUAGAUUAUUGAAUAAACUUUGAAGGCCGUAUGGUGACCUAUAGUUGUUAAUAUCGAUGUCAUUUGGUCUUUUGGAGAGUUGUCUCUGUGGCGAUCAUACCAUAUCUUAUUUUUAUAUUUAAAAGUUCUGAAAAUGUGGUAUAUGGUUCCUCUAUACAAUAACAAGAAACUAUGAAAUUAGUUACUGUGUUUGAAUGUUUAGGACGUGACUUGUAGAAAUUUUGUAUUAAAUACUUAUCCCCCUUUGAGUCAUUAAAAGUGCAUUUCAUAGAGUUUAGAAACUAUCAAAUAAAACAAGUUCAUGCUUUAUCAAUCAGUUCAUAUUCCAUGACGUGUACUGAUGUGGUAUUCAAUAACUAACAAUAAAUCUAUAUAUAAUUUCUGAAAUUAGCACUAUUUAUUGUUUAUUUAUUUUUGUACAACUGGCUGGUUGAUAGGAUAUUACUUAAAUUAGAAAUUGUAUAUUAAAAAUGAACACUGGCAUGCACAAUUAUAUGUGUUUAGCUAGCUAUAAAACCAGGGUCAAUCCACCAUUUUCUACGUAAGGAAAUACUUGCCAAGUCAGGAAUAUGACAUUUGUUUUCAAUUCGUUUGAUGUGUUUGAGCUUUUAGUUUUGCCAUUUGAUAAGGGACUUUCUGUUUUGAAUUUCCCUUUGAGUUUGGUAUUUUUGUUAUUUUUAAUAUGAAAGACUACUCUUUAAGUUUAAAAGUACUGGUAAACACAAAAUACACUAAAUAGAUGUUUCAUGUCUAUGAUGUUGUUGUUUGUGAAAUAGAAGACAGUUUUGUGUAUUUGUUAGUCUAUGGAUAAUGCUAGUCUGUGAACCUUUACUUUCUUAAGAGUUAAUGAACUUGACCUGGAUACUAACCUACCUAAAAGUAGAGAGAUAGUUCUUUUUAAAUAUUAUUAUUGUGCAUAAAUAUUUGUACAAAUAUAAAAUAAUCGUUCCUAAUGUAAAAUUCAUUUGAAAUAUGAUUUAUGUACAUUAAAUGUAAUAAGAAUGUCAAUUGUUAUCAACUUUUGUCUUUUCAAAGGCGUUGUUGCAUUGUAAUUUUUAAUACUUACCCUAGGUUUUUCUGCAACCUAUCAAUCAAGCUGUACAAGUCCAAAAGACAUGGGAGUUAGGCAAGUUAAGCUGGAUGGUUCAUUAGGUGUAAAGUGAUGCUAUAAAGACACCUGAUUUUCCAUCUUGUAAGUCCAGUAGCCGAAAAAAAAGAAUUAUAUUUCUUUUCAUGUUAGAUGCAAAGCUUCUGGUCAUUAGUUAGCCAACUGCUUUGUCAAUUAUUCAAAGUAUUGAGAAACAAAAUUAAAUGUUACAGAUUUUAUUACACCAAAUGCUAAUUUUAACAAUUAAUCUCUCUUCAGUGAUUCUGUAGGCCAAGCUAUUUGAAAAACCAUAACCUAACACAAACGCUGACGAGCUUAUGUAACUGAUAAACGACCAAUAAAAUAGCAGGACUAUUGUCAUGUGUAACUAGUAUUGAUUAUCCAAGUCAUCUCUUUCUCUUUUUUAAUCCUUCUGUUGGACAGACAUAUUUCUCCUAAAAUAUAUUUGUUUUAAAAAUUAUUUUGUUGAUUUACAGUAGUGCAAGAUUUUGUUGCAUUAGCAAUUUAAUUUGAAAAUUUCUAAAAAAAAUUAUUGGCUUUGAAUCUUAUUUAAAAUAUAUGUACUCUAUAUUAUGAUAUUUGUGAGUUAUUCAAAAGUUAUGCAGAAUUUUCUGUUUUCUUUGUAUGUAGAGAUUGUCUUUUUUUGUGGUUAUUUUUAUGCCCCCGCCGUAGCGGAGGGGGCAUUAAGUUUUACCCUUGUCCGUCUUUACGUACGUACGUACGUCCCAUAGUUGGUUUCCGUUCUCUAAAUUUAGUUUGCCUCAACCAAAUGUUAUGAAACUUAUACACAAGGCUUACUACCACAAAACACAGAUCAAGUUUGAAUUUUGGUGGCAUCACUUUAACCAUUCUAGAGUUAUGCCCCUUUACAAAUGGAAAAAUUGCUGAAUUUUUCCUUUUCGUUCUCUAACUUAAGUUUGCCUCAACCAAAUGUUAUGAAACUUAUACACAAUGCUUAUUACCCCAAAAUACAGAUUAAGUUUGAAUUUUGGUGGUGUCACUUUAACUGUUUUAGAGAUUUGCCCCUUUACAAAUGAAGAUUGCUGAAUUUUUCGUUUCCGUUCUCUAACUUAAGUUUGCCUCAACCAAAUUUUAUGAAACUUAUACACAAUACUUAUUACUACAAAACUCAGAUCAAGUACAAAUUUUGGUAGCGUCACUUUUACUGUUCUUCAGUUAUGUCCCUUUAUAACUUAAUAUGAUAUGCAAGCGGGAGCAUCAUGUGUGUCCCAUGGACACAUUCCUCAUUUAUUUAUAUUUAUAAUGAUAAUGAUAUUCAAAAAGAAGUGGAAAAAAAAGUUUGAAAGCCCUUUCCACUGUUUUAAAUGUAAUACCAUAGGGAAUAUGGAGUUCCUGAGAAAAAAAUAAUCUGGUUGGGAUUUGUAAUUUCCCUCCAAAAUCAAACAAAAUUUGAAAAAUAGAUGAUACAUAAUGUUUCGCUUAUUUUUGUAUUUACCAGGUAUUUCUAAUGAUUUUCUGAAGAAUGUUAUAAUUUGGGUUAGAAUUUUUUACUGUUUUUCAGGUCCAUUAUUGACUAUUUUUUAUGGAUGGAUGUGGUUUUAAAAAAGUGCCUUCACACAUCAGAUUUUGGAAGAACCCUUACUUCUUUCCAUUUAGAUCAAUUAUUCAUUCAUCAUAGUUGUUUGUCCAACAUUCAGGUACAAAUAUUUCAAGCAUGUUUACAAAUGAACAGCACAGUAAGUAGGUAGGGUUUUCUAAGUGAAAAGAAUGGCAUGCAGGAAUAGUUUACCUUAGAUGUAUUUGACAAAACCUUUCUGAAUUUUGGGUCCUCAAUGCUCUGCAACCUCCUACUUCAUUUGGCCUUUUACAUUUUUUUUUUUAUAUACGAUCAUCAUUUUCGAGUCUUUGUAGACGAAACAUGUGACUACAGAUUCCUCUAAGGGUUAUGCAAAGGGUAGAUAGAAUGGCAAUCCUCCUACAUGAGACAUGAAUUUAAUGUCCAUAUUCUGACUGGAUGUGACUGUGUAUUUAUACAUCCCACACAACCAUUCAGUCCUCCAGUAUGUGUUUUACUGUCAGAUAUUGACCAUAUUUUGUUGCCCCAGUCUACCAAGAUAGUUUAAGGGUACAGUUACACAGUUCAGAGAAACCCAUGAAAAUUUUAUUUUGUAAUGUUUAUGCAAUUUGUUCACAUCUAAAUUUGUACCAAGUUACAGCUAUUUACAAUAGAUAAAAUUUGCAACUACACUAUUGGCAAUUUAGUUCCUCAAAAAACUAUAUUGACAUAUGAACAUAGCAACAUAUUCUUAAAUAUUUAUUUAUAUGUAACAGCAUGAUGUCAAAAUUUGUAAUGUGUAAUUAUUACAAGCUAUGCACUGAACAUAUAAUGAUUUUGUACUCAUGACAUAGUACCCUAAAAGAUUUUUUCAGCUGCCACCAUUAAAAUCAUGCGGAAGUAAUUGUAAUAAGUUUAGUUUUUAUUACCAUAGAAAUAAUGCUACUACUGCUUUUGCAAAGUCAAUAUUUAAUUUAUACCAGAUCAAAGCUGUGGGUUGCAAUGAAGGGAUGCACAUUUUUUGAUACCUUUAUCUGAACUUUUUUGUUGUGCAUUAUACAUUUUAUUAUACCAUAAUACAAGUUGAAGGGUUCAUUUGCAUUUUCAAACCUGAUCAGAACUGAUCUUUGAAAAUAUAUGCUGAUGUAAUAAUGUUAGUCACACAACAGACUUUUUUCAAAAACAUUAAUAAGAAAAAAUAAAUCUUGAUUUUUGUCUUUCACACAGCAUGUAUUUCAUUGUUAUCAUCAUGCAUUUAUCAUACUUCAUGGUUGUUACUGCUAUGUUUUGCUUUUGUUUAUUUAAAUGCGAAUAAAUAUAAAACAGUU